UUCGCUACGCAUCGCUCUCCAAAUUCGAAAGCCCAACCAGUGAAAAAAAAAAAAAAAAAAAGACCAAAAUCUUCAAAUUGCUGACAAGUAGAAAUUAAUUACUUACACAAAAUUAGGGCUAGGGUUUUUUAUUUUAUUUUUUUUCCUCACGCUUGCUAGAAUUUUAAUCGUAAAAUCCUCUAGAGAACCAAUCUGUCUUCAUCGUCGACGCUUUUUCUCGCGAUUUAUAAAGAUUAGGGUUAGGGUUUUUUUGUCAGCGGAUAGAGAUGUAUGCUGAUCGAGUGGAGGGUGCUGGUAAAAGGUCGGUAAAGGAGAGACUUAAUGGCAACUUUGCUAACAACUCUAUUCGCUGGCGUCAAAUUACUGGCAAGAGGCAGAGGCAAGAUGACAAGUGGGAACAUGAUCUUUACCAAGAUGAUGUACCUCAAGUUUCAAAUCGCAAAGUCGAUGCCCGAGAUCUUCGUUUGAAGCUCCAAAGGAAAAGUCUCCAACAGGUGUCUCUAAGUGGAAGGGGGACUCUCUCAGGUGUGCGUGACCUUCGUGAAAAAUUAUCUGGGACAAUGAAUACACAACCGAUGAAUGCUGAUCCACCAAAACCAAAACUGGAAGUAGCCAAACCAGCCUGGAAAAGUGUAGCAGUUGAAACUCCUGAGCCUGAGCCCAAAAGGGCUGCAACUAUGGCAGCAAGGAAGAAGGCUCAGCAAAAGGCUAAUACAUCAGUGGAAGGCUUCCUCCAGUCGUUGGGUCUUGAAAAAUACGCAAUUACUUUUCAAGUAGAGGAAGUUGAUAUGACAGCUCUUUUACACAUGACUGAUGAGGAUCUGAAAGCAUUAGGCAUACCAAUGGGCCCAAGAAAGAAGAUAAUUCUUGCAUUGGAUUCUAGUGGCGGACAUUCAGAGAUUUAGCAAGUGGUUGUUGCAGGGCUGUGAUUUGGCUGAUAAGACCCCGCAUGUAGCAAUUCUUCUUGGUACUUUUUUUUCCCUUUCUUGUUCAGCUUUAUGGACAAAAAAAUAUGGCUGCAUUUGCUUGUUAUUGAAAUCAAAGGAUGGAGUGUUAGAUUAAGAGCUUUUUUUCUCCCUCAUAUGCUUCAGUUAGAAACUUUAAACUAAUGUAUGUGCUGCACUCUCUUAAUUAAGUAAAAUAUCUUUUGAUGCAUUUGUA